UGCACUAAAAAAACGCAUACAUAUUAUGUAUCGCUUAAGAAAAGCAGAGGUGAUCCUCAUGGCCGACGAGGCGCAGGUGAUUGUGCCGCAGCGCGGAUGCAACACCCGCAAGCACUGCACCUUCACCGCUGUUUCCAUUUCCUACGCCAAGCCUGCCCGCUUCUGCCUCUCCCGCCUCUUUUCCUCCUCCACCACCACCAUCACCACCUCCACCUCUUCAUCUUACAUUCUCCGAGAAAUCUCUUUCACUGCAAACCCCACUGAGCUCCUUGCCAUUGUAGGCCCUAGCGGAGCCGGCAAGUCCACGCUCCUCGACAUCCUGGCUGCUCGCACCGCCCCCACCUCCGGCCAUCUACUUCUUAACUCGGCCCCUCUCCAUCCCAAAACCUUCCGGAGACUCUCCGCCCAUCUACCCCAACACGACCCCUCCCUCCCUCUCCUCACUGUCCUCGAGACAUUCUCCUACGUCGCUCGGCUCCUACUUCCCAAUCUGCCUCCUCCUUCCCUCUCUGAUUUUCUCGACUCUCUUCUCUCUGACCUCCGCCUCUCUCAUGUUGCCCACUGCCGCCUCGCACACUCCCUGUCCGGUGGUGAGCGGCGUCGUGUUUCCAUUGGUCUGGCGUUGCUCCAUGACCCCUCCGUCCUUUUGCUUGACGAGCCAACCUCGGGCCUUGACUCAGCCUCGGCUCUCCACUUGGUGCGCACCCUCCGUGCUCUGGCCCUGGCACGUGGAUGCACCGUCAUCCUGUCCAUCCACCAGCCCAGCUCUGCAAUCCUCUCCUCAUUUCACUCGCUCCUCCUCCUCUCUCGUGGCUCCCUCAUCCACCACGGCCCUCUCUCUUCCUAUCCAUUGUUCCUGUCCUCUCAGGGCUUCCCUCUACCAGCUCAACUCAACCCCUUGGAGUACGCCAUGGACGUGCUCCCAAACCUUCAACCUUCUCCGCCUCCACCUCCACCACCGCUCUCACUUCCUCAAGUGCCCCCACCUCUGCCACCAGCACUAGGCUACCCGAGCUCUAGAACCAACGAGAUUUACACAUUGUGUUGUAGGUCAUGGAAGAUCAUUUACAGGACCAAGCAAUUACUCCUCGCCAACACCCUCGAAGCCCUCAUAGUUGGCCUCUUCCUGGGGAGCAUCUACAUCAAUCUCGGCUUCGACAAGCAAGGAAUCCAGAAGAGGUUCGGCCUCUUCGCCUUCACCCUCACCUUCUUGCUCUCCUCCACCACAGAGACCCUCCCUAUAUUCAUCAACGAGAGGCCCGUGCUGAUCAAGGAGAUAUCAAGCGGGGUCUACAGGGUCUCCUCUCAUGUGGUCGCGGGCACCAUCAUCUUCAUGCCCUACCUCCUUAUCGUCGCCGUCAUAUAUUCGGCGAGCGUCUACUUCUUAGUGGGACUCUGCCGCACCUGGGAGGCCUUCCUCUUCUUCGUUCUGGUGGUGUGGCUGGUGGUGCUCAUGGCCAACUCUUUCGUUCUCUUCUUGAGCACUCUCGCCCCCGACUACAUCGCCGGAACCUCCCUUGUGACUGUAUGUCUCGGUGGUUUCUUUCUGUUUUCCGGCUACUUCAUAUCAAAGGAGAGCAUGCCCGUGUACUGGGUGUUUAUGCAUUACUUAUCCAUCUACAAGUACGCUCUCGAUGCGCUGCUAAUAAACGAGUACUCGUGUUGGGUAUCGCGGUGCUUCCUGUGGUUUGAGGGCGGCGGCGGCGGUGGUGAGCGGACGUGCGCUGUGAGUGGCGGAGAUGUGCUGUCAAGGAGGGGCCUUCACCAAAGCCACCGGUGGUUCAACGUACACAUCAUGUUCGGGUUUUUUGUCCUCUUUCGCCUCCUCUGUCUCGCCGUACUGAGCAGACGGGCUUCCAUUUCCAAGAAAUGAUUCUCAAAGUUUCCCCACCGCCAAAUUUUUUUCACUUAAUUGGUGGAACUUGAAUCAAAAUUACCCAACCCCGGCAUCCAUGCAUCCAAAAUCUCCUCCUUGCACUCGACCCGACCCGACGCGACCCAUGCACAUUUUAACUUUCAAGUGCAGGGUGGUGCAAAAGGGUAGGGUGGUGCAAAAGGCGAAGAGAAAGUAAUAAUUGGCCAUGUUCCAAUUUCGCGUAAUUGUUGUCGAGCCUCACACGUGAGGUUUUAUGUGGUUAACAACCUUGGAAUAAUAUAAGGUUGGUCAAAUAUAUGGGUGGACCUUAGCAGAGACGCGAUAUUAUCAGUGAAGUUUAUAGAAGGUUGAGGCUCUCAACCUUCAAAUUAAGGUGCA